AUGGCAAACUCGGAAUCCAGCGACACUUCAAAGCCAUCAUGUAUCAAUCAGCCGGAGCCAAGUGGCGACCAGCCUGUCUCGUCGCGGCGCUUGAAAAAGCGCGAAGUGGACCGGCGAUGCCAGCGUGAAGCACGCGAGCGAAGGAGGUCUCGCAUCGCCGACCUCGAACAGUUGGUCGAGGCAAUGAGACAGCGAGACGCGAGUGGCGAAGUCACGGCUCUUUUGAAGCAAUUGAAGUCUGUCGAAGCGGAGCGGGACAUGGCGAUGAGAACUUUGAGAGACAUCCAGCAAAUCAUGUUUCUGCGACCACUAAAGCUCAGCGACCCUCCUAGCCAAGGUGCUAGCUUUUCCUUCAGGCAGGUGAGCCCGGGGGAGAGCAACAGGGGGAGUGGAUUUAUCGAGAGUGCCCCGGGACCAUCUACCAGAGAAAUAGCUUACUUACAAAACUCCUUCCUCGAAACAAGUGCAUUGGCAAACGAUGGUUUGAGUAUAGACAACACUAUUCCAGGGUCGAAGGCUACUCUUGACUUUCCUGAUAUCCCAUUGAGUCGCGGCAUAGUUGGACGGAAUAACCCAUUACCAAAGUAUCAGGCUUUUACGCACACAAAGCAUACCGGCGGACACCAUACCACCGAGUCGAUGUUUGAAACAUAUAAUUGGAUUAAUGCAAGGCAGACUUGCUGUUGUUAUGACCAUGUCGAACGACAGCCAGGUCAAUAUGCUAGCUGGCAGGGUAACUUCUGGAAAUUCAUCCGCGAUAUCCUGAGCGAGCGCUUUGACUGGGAAGAAGAUCUUCAGCCGGCGGAUGAUGUCGAGUCUGAGGAUCUUCCCAUCCGCGCAAUGCUAGAAGGCUGGGAUGCCGUUGCAAAACGUGGCCCUUUACAUCCUUCCUGGCAGAUGCUGCGCCGGAUUGACGAGUCUUCGUUCGGUCCAAUACCUAGGAUCGAGCGAUUGGCGAUGCUUCGGGCCAUGCACCUCCUCAUACAAUUCCACACCGAUCCUAGCCCGCAACGACAUAAGCGUUUACCGCCGUGGUAUAUCUACCGACCAUCGGAGCAUAUCGAGCAUUGUUACGCCAUCGACUACUACGCGUGGCCCCCAUUUCGCCAACAGUUCAUCCUCAACGAGCAUGCGUACUGUGGCAACGAUUUUUUCCGCCUGUACCAGGAUCAGAUGCGGCUUCUGUGGCCAUUCGAUUUCCGCCAGUGUUACACCCAAGAUUCGGAGACUGGUAUGUAUCGACCCAGUCUUUUGUUCGACCAGACAAUCAACGACAUCAAAUGUUGGACAAUGGGGCCCGACUUCUUCCAGCGGUUCCCUGAACUGUCUGGUGCUAUCCCGAAUACUGGCCUUCAAGUCCAAAGACCGCUAGCCAUGCCUACCGUACCAAGGAAAAUGGGCUUGCCAACUUCUGGAGCAUUGCCUAUGGCAAUAGCACCAAUGUCCAAGACUGUUCUGAACAAGGCUCGGAAACAGCCACGCGGGAGUCGACAUGUAGAAGCAGAGGAUGACCAGACCAACGUUGAUCCCGGAAUACCAGGGGCCACCUUAGCUGCUCAAGUCGACCAAAUUUUGCCAAUCAUGUCGGAACCACACUACACGCAGGGUGGAAAUAUCUUCCCAUCUAACCAAAGCCACAUCUUUCAGGAACCAGCCGGGGAUGUGCCUUUUGAAAUGAUCGAUGGGUCGCUAAACCCUUGGGAUUUUGACUCGGAUUUCUUGAAUGUAAAUACGUUUCCUUCCGUUGCCUUGGAUGAGAACAACAUUUAUCUAGGGUCUGAGUAUCAGUGGGUGCAGCAACAGGCCAGCUAUUGA